AUGGAGGGUGAUUCUCCAACAGAAGCCUCGCGGCGCGAAGUCGCCAAACGGGUGUCUCGAGCCUGUUUGCAUUGCAGACAGCGCAAGUCUCGAUGUGACCUAGACGCGAACGGUACUGGCAAGCCGCCAUGCCAGCGCUGCGUGCGCGAAAAUCGCGAAUGUGUUCUGGGCGGCUCCAAUCGUGGUGGUCGCCGAAUCCGAAAGAACAAGAUCAAAAACUUCACUCCGGCAACUAUCACCUCGCCCAGCAAGAAUUCAGAUGCUUCAAGUCCGACCAACUCUGAAAAUCGUCAAGUACAAUCGGCAACUUAUCCAGGCCCGUUGGUCUUCUUGCCGCCUAACCCAUCAGCAACCUCAGCAUCUGUCGAGGAAGAUGAUAAUUCAAUAUCAUCUGUUCCGCGCAAUCCAUCGGACGCCUGGCAAUGCCUGACCGGCAUCGCCACCCAAGCGGGGACAGACCCGGAGGUCUUGAACGACCAUAUCCAGUCGGAGCCCACGACUUUCCCAUACAACAAUCUGGGUAAUGGUAUUGUCCCAGAGUUCAGCCAAGCGACCGGUAUCAGGGCGUAUAAGCUCGUUCAGUCGCACGCGCUAGACCCAGAAACGGUAUGGCAACUGAUCUCUCGAUAUGCCGAGAACUUCCAUCCUUACCUCCCUCUCGUACCACGGAAGUACUUCAUGCGAACUGCCUUGGAUGCCUUCGCCACCAAUGAGAAGCAUCUUCUCACCGCGGUCUUGACGAUUGCCUCCAAGGAUCUAGUCAGCCAGCCUGAGAUCCAUGAGUACUGCUCGAAGUACAUGCACGAGCUCAUCUCCGGCAUCGCCGCGGGGGCGGAGUGCGAUGUCGAAGCAAUCGAAGCACUCUUGCUACUUGCCGAGUGGGAACCACAAGGGCUGCGACCCCGUAUCGAGCGUGUUGGGCGCGGAGAAGAAGACCGCGCUGCAUGGAUGCAUGUCGGACUUGCGUUGCGCUCGGGUUACUUCAUCGGUAUGGAUCGCACUUCAUUCCGUGGAGAGUCUUGUGGUAAUCAGGAGAGCGAGGCUCGUCGGCGAUUGGCGUGGGCAAGCUGCUAUAUCUCUGAUCGGUUGAUUUCUGUACGUAUUGGACGUGCUUUCUGGUCUCGUGGUCCUGGCCCGAUGACUGGUCUUGUCAGUCAGGAUUUUCCUUCGCUGCAGCCGGUCAAUGACGGCGAUGAGGACUAUGCGAAGAUCUUUCAGGCUAUGCUGGAUCUGACGCAGCUUUAUGGGAAUGUCCAUGAGGUUUUGUACUCUGGGAUGCGCACGAGUAACCAGAUGAUGUUGAUGGGGGACUAUGUGAAAUAUGUGGAUGACUUCCGUCUUGCGAUUUUGCGGUGGAAAUCGCUGUGGGGAUCACUAGACUGUAAGCUGUUUUUUCGCUGGUCAUAUUUUGUGCUUUCUAACAUUCGCGCAGGCUCACCACCCAUGCGAGCAACUCUGCAGUUGUCAUAUGAGUAUUUGCGUCUGUAUACGACUGCUUUUGCGUUCCAAGCCGCCAUCUCUCAGUCGCUGGUCAAACCAAGAAACGGUCUGCAAGGCCAACGAGAACACUUGCGAUCAACGUUCAAAAAUGUCGCUUCAAUGCCAGACUCACGAUUUAUCUAUGAAUCGGUGGAUGCGGCCAAGUCAUACCUGACCCUCCUUGUGGAUUUGGUAGACCCCGAGAAACAUCUCCACUUCAUGCCUCUCCGUUUCUACUUGUAUGGCAUCUAUUCUGCCGUUUUUCUCUACAAGGCCCGUUCGUUCGGAAUGAUGGUCCCCUCGGAAGAAGCAAAAGUUCAAGGCCUAGUUAGCAGAACGACCGAAGUCCUCAAACAAGCAAGCGCCGGCACCGAUGAUGUUGGGUCGCGCUAUGCUCGACUGCUAGAACUUCUAUGGAAGCCCAAAUCCUCAUCGAACUCAUCCGCGGAGGCGCCGCAGAAUGACUUUCCAAUACAGACAGCCCUGUCAAAUCCGGUCACAGACACAAGUUAUAUGCAAUUCAGCCCUGCAAAUGACUUCUCGUGGCUUGAUUUGGAGGCUGUGGGGGACUAUGUGUCCGGAGACCAGAUUUCGGGUGGGUUGCUGGGACUGGAUGCCUUCCAGAAUGCGUCCGAUCCGUAUCAAUCUGGAAUGCCACGAUCCCAGGUAUGGCAGCCAUCUGCUUGGAUGGGAGAUAUGAGCAGCAACCUUCUAUUUUAA